UCCAAUUGUUUUGACUGACAUACAAGUACGACUAACUUCAUACGUUCUCUUUACAUCCAAGUCUGAGAUACUCGCAAAGAGAAACUUGAUCGAAAGGCAGUGAUCACUAGAAGACCAAGCUCAACAACGACACCCUCGCCAUGAACAUCCAUACCAAACUCACCUACCAAGACCUCACUGCGAACCUCCACAUAGCCUGCAUGUUAGGCGACGAGGCCCGCGUCAAACACCUCCUCUCCAUUGGCGCCCACCGCAACGCCGAAAACGACAGCGGCACAUCCGCCCUCGGACUCGCAGACUUCCUCCACCGCGUUGAAAUCGUCAAACUCCUCCUCCAUGACAUAAAUAUCAAGGAGGCAGGCGGCUAUGAGCUUUUGAAAGCCAUCCGCUUGGACCGCGCGACUGUUGUGAGGGCCCUGUUGGAAAUGGGGGUGAAGGAGGAACUCGUUGAAGAUGAUGGGUUCUUUCGAAGUGCGCUUGUGCUGGCGUGUUGUGUUAGUGAUACGAGGGUCUUGGGGGCGUUGGUUAAGUAUGGGCCUGGUGUGGAGGUGUGGGCUAUUAAGGAUGUUUUGAUUCAGUGUGCGGUUGCGGCGGAGAAUUUGGAGGUUGUUGGUGGGAUUCAUGAUCUUGUUAGGGAUGAGAGGGAGCCUCAGAGUGGGAGUUCUAUAGUAUGUUGACCUAGUUUAUUGGGACGUGGUGUAUGCUGACUUAACAGGGAUCUACGGUCGAUCACCUUUCAAACCCGUCUGUGUCAGAGAGUGAGAUGGAGCCGUGUUUGUACGGGGAUAUGCAAGAAUGGCAUCCGGCCCUUGCAGUGAG